AUGGCCGCCGCCGAGCGCGCGCGCGCGAAGACGCGCGAUCGCGCGACGCGCGCGACGCGCGACGGCGAUUCCGACGACGAAUUCUUCGGCGCGGGCGCAACACCAAACGCGAGCGACGCGCGCGACGCGACGACGGCGAGCGCGCACGACAGCGCGGGAAGCGACGAGGGCGCGCGCGGGGAUGGCGAUGGAAAGCUCGACGCGGCGAACGGGACGCGAGCGAUGACGCGGGCGGAGAAGGUGAAGGAUGCGAUUCGAAGGGCGAAGGAGGCGGCGAAGGCGGGCAUCGUCAACGUGCCGCGGGGAAGCGCGGCGAGAGCGAAGCAUGGGUUGGCGACGAGCGCGAAGGCGCUGCGCGAAAAGGAGGAGGGCGACACGAGGCGGCGGUUAGAUGAGAAUAAGAUGGCGAGGGCGGCGAUGACGGCGGCGGCGUCGGAGAAGCACAAGCAAAAGAUGUUUGAUACCACCCGGUUGGAAAAUUUCUUGGAUCACGGCGACGAGUCCGAGGCCGAUUGGAACGCGGCGGACAGCGAUGAGGACGAAGAUGAAGCCUCGGCGAUCGCGAAAUACGGCGAUGACGACGAGGCGAGAUCGUUAUUCGUCAUGCACCCGACGACGAAGCUGCGGCAGUAUUGGGAUUUUCUACAAAUUUUCCUGUUGCUGUACAUCGCGAUUUCCGUGCCCUAUCGCAUCGGGUUCAGCGAGCCGUCGUACGGAUUGUGGUACGUCGCGGAUUUUCUGGUCGAUAUUUAUUUCUACAUUGACAUGUUUUUCAACUUCUUCACGGCGUACUGGGAGACGAGCGCCGAUGACGACGACUUUCACUACGUGACGAAUUUGUGGAAGAUUCAAAAGCAUUACUUGAAAGGCUGGUUCAUUCCGGACGCCAUAUCGCUAAUCCCCGUGGAUUACGUUUCUCGCAGCAUCGAUGGCACGUUGACGUGUUCGUGGGAGUCUGAGGCGGCGUGUGGCGCCGCGGCUGAGAAUUCACAAGUGCCCGAGGUGCUGCGUUUGUUCAAAAUGCUGCGCCUACUUCGCGUGAUGCGCACGGGUAGAAUCUUGGAACGUUAUCAAGAGAAUCUUAUGCGCGUGUAUAAAAUGGUGACUCUCGGGCGCUUGCUCGCGCUUUUAGUGCUCCUUUCUCACUGGAUGGCGUGUGCGUACGCCUACGUGUACGACUUUCAACGCGAAGACGCGAGCGGUGUAGAGUCGCACAAGAGUGAAAUGUACGUUGCCGCGUUGUUUUGGUCGGUGCAAACACUCACGACGGUAGGCUACGGUAACGUCGUUCCGACCACUGUCGAUGAACGCGUCAUAGCCAUCCUCGUGAUGAUCACCGGGGGCUUUGUAUUUUCCGCCAUCAUCUCCGGCGUGAACAUGUCCAUGGAUGAAGACUCGCCCGGGAAUCGCUUCGCGGUGCUCAUGAACCACGUACGCGAACUUUUGUCCGAGCACAAGAUGCCAAACGGAUUGAAAUCGCGCGUCCGGUCGCACUACAAGGCUUCCGCGAAACCUCAAAAACUGGUGAACCGAGAUAUCAUCCAACCGCUCCCCGAGGCGAUUCGCGCCGACGUCAACUUUUACAUUUACGGUAAAGCGCUGUCCAUAGGUUUAAAGGCCAAUGGCACGGUGCAGCCCGACGGGAUUGUGAUAGAGAUCCUCUGUCGUACCAUGGAUACGCACAUGUACGCGCGAGGCGCACGUAUAUGCUAUCCGUACGAACUUGCGGAUAAGUUCAUCAUCACGCUCAACGGGAGAGUUUCGUAUUCCCCCGACGAGGCGUCCGGAUUCCACCACUCCCACGUACAGAAAAUCAAGCGCAAGCGAUUGCGAGAACAGCAAAUCGAACUCGCGGAAGAAAAAGGUUUGCUCCGCGGCCCGGGCACAGUGCUCAACCCCGGUUUACUUUCCGGGUUCUAUAAAGGCAUGUUGUGCGCCAUGCCGUUUGACAAACACGUCGAGGCGCUCGUCAUGGACCACGCGGUGUUUUAUGAUAUUUGCGCGCAACAUCAACCGACUCUAUUGCGUAACUUCGAGGAUGAGUUUUUGCACGCGCUACAAGCGCUGAACAAACCAAAGAUGGCGCGCAUCGCGUUGAGCGAGUGCGACAUGCGAAGAUUUUUAGAAGAAACAACGCGCAACGUGUGCUCGAAUUGGCGCGAGUUGCUGCAGCAGGAACGCGCCCAAGAGGAUACGAAAAGACGUGCGAGGGAGCAAGCUGGUGCAAUCGGAACGGUCACAGCGGGUGGAUUCAAGGAUACGAAUGUACCAGUCUCGGGAGCGGCGCCCGGGGCGACGAUGGGCGCCAUCAAGCUCGCGAUGCAACAAAUGCACGCCGACAUAGUAAAUAUUUCAGAGCAAAUCGCGCAAGUCAUGAUCGCUGUCAAGGAAGUGCAAGUUGUUGGCCAAGACACCGCGUCGAACGUGUCACACAUCAUCAUCAGCAACGACACGAUUGAAGAGAAACAACUGAACAUGGAGUUGAACGUGGAGGCGGUGUACCAGUCGCUGCAACAAAUCGCCUCGAACGGUCUGAGCAUGGAGGCUGGCGGGUGGCACGGCGGCGGCGGCGGCGGCGGUAAACAAGUAUUUGAUUUUAGAAAGUCCGGCUCCCAAAGCGGCGGCGCCGGCGGCGGAAAAGACGCCGCCCCGUUCAGCGCGUUACAAUCCGACGCCAUUCGCGAAAAGAUUGAACAAGCCGCCAAACGCGGCACGAAGCUCUCCGUCACCACCCACAUCGACAACGAAGAAGAAGUUUGGGAACGCGAGCGUCGUCCCCCGACCGUGGGCAUCCAAGGCAUUCGUCGCGUCGACCCCGACAGGGCGCGAGCGCGGCAGGCCGAGAAGGACAAGUACCGCGCCGACGGCGUCUUGCGCGACGCGCUCUAG